AUGCCGGAUGUUCUGGAUCUGUACAUUGGAAUGGAGCUGCUCAUUGCCCUUUUCUCUGUCAUUGGGAAUGUUAUGGUGGUCUGGGCUGUAAGAAUCAAUCGAUCUCUCCGUGACACAACCAUUUAUUUCAUAGUCAGUUUAGCUCUGGCGGAUAUCGCAGUCGGGGCACUUGUCAUUCCUCUGGCUAUUACCAUAAGCAUCGGGCUUAAGACAAACUUUUACAGCUGUCUGCUGGUUGCAUGUACUGUACUAGUACUAACGCAAAGUUCAAUUCUCGCCCUUCUGGCUAUUGCUAUUGACCGCUAUCUGAGGGUCAAGAUACCAAUGAGCUAUAAAAGAGUGGUGACUCCAAAUCGUGCAGGCGCUGCAGUGGUGGUGUGUUGGAUGGUGGCCAUCGUAGUUGGCCUGAUGCCCAUUUUGGGCUGGAACAAUCUGGACAAGCUACAACAGACAAACGGCACAGUGGGUGUUGACCUUCUCAUAACCUGUGAGUUUGAAAAUGUCAUCAGCAUGGAGUACAUGGUCUAUUUCAAUUUCUUUGGCUGGGUGCUGCCACCACUCAUCCUCAUGUUGCUCAUCUACACUGAAAUUUUCUUCAUAAUCCACAAGCAGCUCAACAAGAAGGUCAUCACCAACCAGACAGACCCCACUCGAUAUUAUGGGAAGGAGCUCAAGCUGGCGAAAUCUCUUGCACUGGUGCUACUUUUGUUUGCUGUUAGCUGGUUGCCCCUACAUAUCCUGAAUUGCAUAACUCUCUUCUGUCCUAAUUGUGACAACUCGAUGUGCCUUCUUUAUGUGGCUAUCUUGCUCAGUCAUGGUAAUUCUGUUGUCAAUCCCAUUGUUUACGCAUUCCGCAUUAAGAAAUUCCAGAAUGCUUUUCUUAGGAUUUGGAAACAAUAUGUGUGCUGCACAGACAAUCCAUGUCUUUCACAUAGAUAG